AUGUAUGCUGUGACUAUUAGUGAUGAGGGUGACUGUUACCGGUGUUUCCCGCCUGACCCAGGCAUAGAGGCUGCUGCGCUAGGUACUUGUGAGGCUGCUGCUCUAGGUGCCAGUGCGUCUGCUGCCCCAGGUGCCGGUGAGUUUGCGCUCUCAGGUGCUGCGUCGCCCCCGGACACCCACACCUUCACCCUUGACUCGGGUGCUUCCCGCUCCUUCUUUCGAGACUGCACCACUCUCACACCGCUCAGUCGGCCUGUUGCGGUCUCCCUAGCGGACCCCUCUGGGGGUCCUGUCCUUGCUCACUACUCCACUGUCCUACCGUGUCCAGCGGUCCCGUCUGGCUCCCUGUCGGGUCUCUACCUCCCCUCGUUCUCUACGAACUUGGUGGCGGGUGCUGACCUCCAGGAUGCAGGAGUUGACCAGUUCACCCCUGCGCGUCAGCGGGUGACCCACUGCACUUGUGCGGACACGGGCCGCCACUUGGCCACGUUUGCUCGUCGGCCAGGGUCGAGCCUGUACACACUGACUACUGAGUCUUCCCCAGUCACUGAGUCUGCUCAGGUAGCCGCGUCGGGUCAGGUGUUUGCUGCGGCGUCCAGGUCUGGUCCUGAGUCUGCCCCCUGCUCGUGUCGUCUCCUGUCUCACCGGACUCUCCUCUGGCACCACCGUCUUGGUCACCCCUCCCUGCCUCGCCUUCGAGGCAUGGCUUCCCGUCUUCUUGUUUCUGGUCUCCCCCGGUCCCUCCCUCCUCUUCCUCCGGGGCCUGCCCCCACCUGCGUUCCCUGCGUCGAGGGGCGGCAGCGCGCUGCUCCUCACUCCUCCGAGUUUCCUCCGACAGAGGCUCCGCUGCAGACGCUUCACAUGGACGUGUGGGGCCCAGCCCGCGUCCGUGGGCAGGGUCAGGAGCGCUACUUCCUGCUGGUGGUUGACGACUACUCGCGUUACACCGCAGUCUUCCCCUUGCGCAGCAAGGGUGACGUCACUGAGGUGUUGAUCGCCUGGAUCCGCGCGGCUCGUCUCCAGCUCCAGGAGAGUUUCGGCUCCGACUUUCCUGUUCGGCGUCUGCACUCCGACCGAGGCGGAGAGUUCUCCUCUGACCUUCUGCAGACCUUCUGUCGCACACGAGGCAUCCGCCAGACCUUCACGCUUCCGGACUCUCCGCAGCAGAAUGGGAUUGCUGAGCGCCGCAUCGGCAUGGUCAUGGACGUCGCUCGUACGUCCAUGAUCCAUGCGGCUGCUCCCCAUUUUCUGUGGCCGUUUGCGGUUCGGUACGCGGCGCAUCAGCUCAACCUUCACCCCCGGGUCUCCAUGCCGGAGACCUCCCCUGCUUUGCUGUGGACGGGGAAGGUUGGUGAUGCGUCGCGUUUUCGGGUCUGGGGAUCUAGGGCGUUUGUCCGCGACUUGUCUGCGGACAAGCUGUCCUCUCGUGCUGUUCCCUGCGUCUUCCUUGGCUUUCCCCCUGACGCGCCAGGCUGGCAGUUCUACCACCCCACCUCGCGCCGUGUCUUCGCGUCCCAGGACGUCACCUUUGACGAGUCGGUUCCCUACUACCGUCUCUUCCCCUACCGCACUGCGUCCCUCCCUCCCCCGCCGCUCUUCCUUACACCAGGCCCCCCUCCGGUAGACCCCCUUCCCCCUCAGGGUCCUGCUCCCUCAGGUGUGUCCCAGGUAGAUGCAGUUGAGCCAGUCGAGGUAGCUGUUGACUCUGGUACUGCUGGUGGUGCUGAGCCUGGGGGUGCUGGGUCUGGGGGUGCUGCGACUGGGGGUGCUGAGCCUGGGGGUGCUGAGCCUGGAGGUGCUGCGCCUGGGGGUGCUGCGCCUGGGGGUGCUGCGCCUGGGGGUGCUGAGCCUGGGGGUGCUGAGUCUCGGAGUGCGGAGCCUGAGAGUGCUGGACCUGCUCGUCCGGCGUCUGGUGGUGCUGAGCCUGGCGGUUCCUCCGGUGCUUCGUCCCGGCGGGAGCUGCUCUCUCCACAGGAGCUGCGUGAGUGGUUCGCCCGGCGCUGGCGACGUGCUGCUGGAGCUGGUGGUGCUGCAGGAGCUGGGGGUUCUACUGCUGCUGAGAGUGCUGGUGCCGAGGGUCCCAGAGGUGCUCGUACCGAGUGUACUGGAGCUGCUGACCCUACGAGUGCUCCUCCUGCUGGAGCUGGUGGUGCUGCUGGUGUUGCUGGCGCUGGAGCUGCUGGUGCUGCUGGAGCUGCUGGUGCUGCUGGUGCUGCUGGUGCUGCUGGUGCUGCUGGUGCUACUGGCGUUGGUGCUGCUGGAGCUCCUGGAGCUGGAGCUGCUGCGUCUUCGGGUGGUCCGGCUGGAGCUGGAGCUACUGGGGGUGUUGGCGCUGGGGGUGCUCCUGGCGCUGGUGCUGCUGGGGGUGCUGGAGUUGGAGCUGCUGGAGUUGCGGGUCUUCCUGGUGCUGGUGCUCCCGCUGGGGGCGCUGGUGCUGUUCCUGCUGGCACUGGUGGAGCUGCGCGGCCGCGGCCGUACUUCGUUCCGCUCCUUGAGCAGGUUCUUGGUCUUCCGUCCUCUCUUGGUCCUGCUCCUGCCUUAGAGUGUCCGCCUCCUGUCCAGUCUGAGUCACAGUUACAGCCACCUUCCCCGCUUCCUUCUCCUUCUCCCUACACUGGUCCUACUGGAGGUCUUGCUGAGCGUCGUGAGCCUGCGUCUCGCCCUGCGUCGCCUGUCCGUGCUGCUCGCACUAGUGGUCGUGGUUCGCGUCAGCGUCCUCCCCCUGUCCCCGGCACGCACCGGAUGUCUCUGCGUCCUUCCACUGCUCCGCUGCGUGCCCCUUUGCCCUCUCCUCCAGCGUCCUCUCUUCCUGAGCUUCCUGACCCGGAGUCGGACUCCCUUCGUGCUGCGCGUCCUACUGUCACGCGUCUCCUUGCUACUGUCGUCACUGACCCUUCCUUUGAGUCUACUGCUGCGUCUGCCCUAGUUGCUGAGCUUGUCGACUUCGCUGCUCGCUGUCGCCUAGACUACGCUACCAGUCUCGUCGCUGAGUCUGAGUCUGUCUGUCCUCCGUCCGUCGGGGGUGAGUGUGCUCUUGGCACGGACGUCCUAGAGGACAGGCAGGAGGAGUUCCAGUGCUUGGCUGCUGUUUCACCUCAUCUCGUGUCCAUGCUGCUUGCCCCUGAGGGAGACCCGGAUGCACUUGACAUCCCGACUCCGCGCUCUUACGCGGAGGCGAUAGAGGGUCCCUACUCCUCUCAGUGGCAGGCAGCCAUGGACGCAGAGAUGGCUUCCUGGAAGUCCACAGGCACCUACGUUGACGAGGUUCCCCCGCCUGGGGCGAACAUCGUCAGUGGCAUGUGGAUUUUCAGGGUGAAGCGGCCGCCGGGUUCUCCGCCUGUCUUCAAGGCGCGUUACGUGGCUCGUGGUUUCAGUCAGCGGCAGGGAGUUGACUACUUUCAGACUUUCUCCCCCACCCCGAAGAUGACCACUCUUCGGGUACUGCUGCACAUAGCUGCUCACCGAGACUACGAGCUGCACUCUCUUGACUUCAGCACUGCUUUCUUGCAGGGCAGCCUUCACGAGGAGAUCUGGCUGCGCCGCCCACCUAGCUUCACUGGGACGUUUCCUCCUGGCACCCAGUGGAGCCUCCGGCGGCCAGUCUACGGUCUCCGCCAGGCGCCUCGUGAGUGGCACGACACACUGAGGACUACACUUGCGGCCCUUGGGUUUGCUCCUUCUACUGCCGACCCGUCGCUGUUUCUGCGCACCGACACUUCUUUGCCGCCGUUCUACAUCCUCGUGUACGUCGACGACUUGGUCUUUGCUACAGCUGACACUGCUGGACUUGCCUACGUGAAGUCCGAGCUGCAGAAGAGACACACGUGCACAGACCUGGGUGAACUGCGCAGCUACCUUGGCUUGCAGAUCACCAGGGACAGAGCACAGCGCACCAUUACCCUGACUCAGUCACAUAUGGUGCAGCAGGUCCUUCAGCGCUUCGGCUUCACGUACUCCUCGCCUCAGGCCACUCCUCUGCCUACGCGCCACUCGCUCUCAGCUCUGCCUUCGGAUGAGUCCGUAGAGUCGAGUGGCCCGUACCCAGAGCUUGUCGGCUGCCUCAUGUACAUGAUGACCUGCACUCGACCUGACCUUGCAUACCCUCUUAGCAUUCUGGCACGCUUUGUUGCUCCUGGGAGACACAGACCAGAGCACAUGGCUGCAGCGAAGAGGGUGUUGCGCUACUUGUGCAGUACGUCGGGCAUGGGGCUUGUGCUUGGAGGGCAUAGUUCAGUGGUCCUCACUGGUCACGCAGACGCUUCUUGGGCUGACGACCAGGCUACGCAGCGGUCGUCACAGGGUUACACCUUCAGCCUUGGUUCCGGCUCUGUUUCUUGGCGGUCUACCCGCUCGUCUUCUGUUCUCAGCUCCAGUUGUGAGGCUGAGAUCUACGCAGGGGCCAUGGCUGCACAGGAGCUACGCUGGCUCACCUACCUGCUGACUGACCUGGGAGAGCGUCCUCGUUCUCCUCCAGUGCUGUACGUAGACAACAAGGCCAUGCUGGCCUUGUGUCAUGAGCACAGACUGGAGCACAGAACGAAGCACAUCGCUCUCCGCUACUUUCUUGCUCGUGAGCUGCAGCAGCGUGGUCAGCUGCGCCUUGCUUACGUGGCCUCUGAGGCCAACACUGCUGAUAUCUUCACUAAGGCACUCGCGCCUUGUGAUCAUCAGCGCUUCUGCACUCUGUUAGGUCUUGUACCUACCUUGCCUCACUUGCUUACUUCUUGA